AUGGCUCGUACCGACAAUCUUGGCUACAUUGCGUGGCUCGUGCCUUUCACUGGCAUUUUGACCAUACUCGGCACCGAGUUUCUGGCUUGUGUGAACCACUUCACAUGCUCCGAGAACUUCCCGACUUUAUCGUACGCUGCCACGUUCCGACCGGAAGCUUUCGCCUUCACUGGAGGCAUGUGUCUCACCGCCAUCUUCAUCUUCACUUCAGUCGUUCUCUUCUUCUGGUACCUCCAACUGCGGAUGCAACGACGUUCGGACGAGGAAGAGAGCGCUUCGAAGCAAUUCGUAACCGGUUACGCUUGUCUCGUCGCCGGGGUUACUGCAGCCAUCUCGCUCUUUGGCCUUGCAGUCUUGGAUAUGCGCAAUUAUCACGACGCACAUAUCAACUUUACGAUUGCCUUCUUCAUGGCUGCAUGGGGUACAAUGAUUGCAGUGCAACUUGCAAGAAAGAAAAUCCUUCAUGAAGACGAGACUGCAGAGAAAUCUUUCUCGACUGAUAGUCUUCUUGUUAUUCUCCGUAGACGUUCCUUCUGGCUCUCACUGCGUCGUUGGAGAAGCCUGGAUGUCUUUACAGCGUACACUCUCGGUCGUCUACUGCUAAACACUGGACUAGCGUCAACAUUCUUGUUUGGCUUGUUUUUCCUUUGCGCAAACGGUGUGUGGCCGAAUCCACUGGGGUUCACUGCUGUCCAAGAAGCCUUUUUUGAGGCUGUAGCCAUUGUAUGUCAACUACUGUUUAUGGGUACACUUUCAUGUGAGUUAGCGAGACUUGCGCGACUUGUGGAACGCAGUGACUAUGCAUCGUUAGAGAGGGAUGAAUAA